AUGGCAUCCAAGCUGUCCAACGACUUUAUGGUAGUGCAGGCAUCGGCAACUAAAGAGCUCGAGCUGUUGUCUGAAGUCUUGCGUCCUGCAAGUACGCAACAUGGAUUGGACCAAGCCAAAGCAAUUGAUGUUUUACAAAGCGAGUUUGCCGACAUCCUCGAUAUUGAUGACAUGGUGGCUGCGUUCGACAUUAUGGAGAACGAAACUCGAGCUGCAAUGUUCUUGCGCAUGACAGGAGCCCCACGAGAGAAGUGGCUACAGCAUCAUUUGCAACUGACACGUCGAAACGCAUUGAUUUGA